AUGUGCCAGUUAUUAGGUAUAACCAAAGUCCGAACCUCUGUCAUGAGACCGCAAGCAAAUUCAGUCGUAGAGCGCUUUAACCGUACCAUUAAGACCAUGCUAUCAUCGUUCUGCACAAAGCAACAAAAUCUAUGGGAUCAGUAUCUUCCGCAGUUGUUAAUGGCAUAUCGUGCAUCACCACAUGCCAGCACAGGAAUAUCACCAAACAGAAUGGUUUUUGGUCAUGAGGUCAUGUUACCAAUGGCAGCAAUGAUUGGUCAUCCUGAGUCAACCAACAACCUUACUGGUGGUCCCUACAUCACUGAUCUGAAAAAGAAAAUAAAAGUAGCUCAUGAUAUUGCUAGAGAAAACCUCCAGACAUCUGCAAAUUAUCGUAAGCGCUAUUAUGACGUAAAAUCAAAAGCUAGAGUUCUUGAACCAGGACAAGCUGUAUGGCUCUAUGAUACUAGGACUAAACCAGGUGUUUGCUCAAAAUUAGUACCAAAAUGGAAGGGACCAUUCCUUGUUCAGAAACGUAUCGAUGAUUUGACAUAUCUAGUUAAACAAAAGAAAACUUCCAAUGCUAAGGUAUACCACAUUGACCGGCUACUGAAGUACCAUGGAAAUGCACUUCCAAAGUGGUUUAAAUCUGCUAAAUUGUAG